CUGAAAGUAAUUUUGAUCGAGGCAUGGUGCACAUAAACAGAUCUUUCUUGAGAAGAGCAGUCUCUGCCAGUAACCUGACUGUGUGUCUUUUCUAUAGAGCAGGGCAGGGCAGGACACACACACACAGGAAUAGACACUGGCAUACACAACACAUUCACACAAGACAGGCACACAGACGUGCACAGUGCUUGCACACAAAUGUACAGACAGACACGUGCACACACCACACAGGCAGGCGCACACACAUUGGAGUUGGUCUCUGUUCAAACUCUGCCAUAUUGUUCUCCCAUCCACACCUCAGGAGCCUGACAGUACACCAUUGCUUCCCUGGGUGAGGGCAACCCCCUCAAUCUGCAAUGAUAAGGGAGCUUCACUCUGUCUGACCCCGGGAAUGUGUGAUGGGACGGUGUGGCUUCGCUUUGUGUCAUUUGCUGGGAGAGCGAGGGAUGGGACAGUUGAGCGAAAGUUUCCUUCCUCUUAAGUAUUUUUGCAGGAAGUUGUGACUGAGCAGUUUUUGUUGUGCCGAUACGGCAGAUGGUAAAAUGAGAGGUUUAUUGGUUUUCUAUGCAGGACUGGCUUGUGUCAUUGAACAUUAUGAAAGUUUUAACCUCGAGACAGAGGAACCAAGAGUUUUGAAACAAAUUGGAGAGUUAAGCUUUGGGUAUCGCGUGACCGAGCUGCAGUCACAGGGAAAAUGGAUCAUUGUCAGUGCCCCUCUGGCUGUGAAUCAUACGGGUUCCAGGACUGGGCGAAUUUACCGAUGCCUCUAUGCUACCAGGACCUGCAUGGCGAUGGACGUUCAAUCACCUCCAGAAGCUGGAGACAUCUCCCUUGGUCUCAGUCUGGAUGCCAGACAGAACAACAAGCCACAGAUCCUCGCAUGUGGACCAACCCUCUCUCAAUCCUGUGGAUCCAACUCUUUCCUGAACGGCAUCUGCUACCUGUUUGACCAGCGGUUCCGGCACACCGCCAUGUUUCCCUCCAGGACACGAGACUGUUUCACAGCGCGAGUGGACCUUGCCUUCCUUAUUGAUGGAUCAGGCAGCAUAAACCCGGACGACUUUUCCCGCAUGAAGGAUUUCCUCGUUGCCAUGCUGUGGCGAUUCAAGAAGAGGGACGUUCAGUUUGCUGUGUGCCAGUUCUCUCAUUUGAUGAAGCAGGAGUUCACAUUCCGUGAAUACAUCCAGCGUAACCGCAGUGAGGAGCUCGUCCGUCGUAUCGACCAGAUCAGGGGUGAUACAUACACCCCCACUGCCAUCAAAUAUGCUGUGAAGAGCCUGUUCUCGGAGGAGAAAGGUCUGCGGCCGGAUUCCACCCGGGUGCUGGUGAUUGUCACGGAUGGGAUGUCCAACGAUCCCACAAACUCAUUCUCCGAGGCCAUCGCCUCUGCUGAUGCCAAACACCUUCUCCGGCUGGUUGUGGGGGUGGGUCCGGUGUUCCAGAGUGAGGGUGGACAGAAGGAGCUCGCCAUCAUUGCCUCCAACUCGGACAAGAAAAACAUCUUCUCCAUUCACAACUACAGCGCCCUGGUGUCCAUCCAGGACAGGCUCCAGCAACGUAUCUUCAGCAUCGAGGGAACCAACGGAACAGUGAAUGCAUCAUCUUUCCAAAUGGAAAUGAGUCAGGAGGGACUCAGCUGCCUACUUCCCUCGGAUGGGGCUGUGUUGGGAAGUGUGGGUUCGUAUGGAUGGAGUGGAGGUAUACUACUCUACAAUGGACAGAAUGAGACUUUCCUGAACGAAUCCAGCGGUGACUUCCAGAGUAGUUACUUAGGUUACUCUGUACAACUCGCCACUCGUGCAGCAAAGACAUAUUACAUCGCAGGUGCUCCGAGAUAUCAACACAGAGGGGAGGUGGUGAUAUUCCGGAAUGAAUCUGCCCUGUGGCAAGUCAGCCAGCACAUCCCGGGGGAACAGAUUGGAUCGUACUUUGGGGCGGAGUUGUGUGUUAUGGAUCUUGAGAGAGACGGAGAGAGUGACCUUUUGCUCAUCGGUGUCCCGAUGUUCCAUGAGAGAGAUCAAGGUGGCAAGGUUGAAGUCUGUUCCAUGUCCCCAGAGGGAAUCUUCUCCUGCUCCUCCAGCCUGUGGGGAGCAAGGGGCGGGAGCCUGGGGCGGUUCGGCUCAGCUCUUGCCCCCCUGCAAGACCUGAAUGGAGAUGGAUUGUCUGAUCUAGCGGUGGGGGCUCCCCUGGAAGAUGACAUGGGAGGUUGUGUCUACAUCUUCCAAGGAAUGAAAUCCGGAAUCCGAUCAGAGUACAGCCAGAGGUUGUUGGGAUCGAAGGUCUCUCCGACACUGAAAUACUUUGGAACAUCAGUCAGUGGGCGCAUGGAUGUCACAGAUGACGGCCUGACAGAUCUCGUUGUCGGGAGUGAGGGAGCCGUUGCUGUGUUCCGCUCCCGCCCAGUAUUGGACGUGGUUCCUUGGUUCACUUCCAGCCCCCAGCGAAUCCCCUCAUCUCUCUACGCCUGCUCGAUGCACUACUUCAGCUCAGGACCAACAAUUAACAGCAGCCUCUGCUUCAACCUGACCAGAGUCACCGCUGGCAGUGUGGGUGAUCCCAGAGGCACUAUCAACUACACACUGCGGCUGGACCCCCAGCAGCAGACCGCCAGGGCUGUCUUCGAGACGUCUGCCAGAAGGCUAGAUGGGAGCGUCCAGGUGUGGGGCUGGGGGAAAUGUCUGCCAUUCAAGCUUCUACUCCCGAGAUGUGUCCAUGACUAUUUCACACCCAUUCUGAUUUCGGUUAACUUCACCUUGGAAGGGGAAAAGAUGGUGGAGAACGAGGGCCUGCGGCCGAUAUUGAACGACAAAUGCAACACCACACAUUAUGGCCAGCUGUUCUUCGAGCGAGACUGCGCAUUGGGGAGUCUUUGUCCAGACUACCUCCGAAUCCUCUUCAAUUUCUCUAGUGGAAGCGAGCUGGUGCUAGGGAGGGACACAGUGCUGAGAGUACAAGUGUCCUUGGAGAACGCUGGUGAUGACUCCUACAUGGCCCAGCUCAACUUCCACCAUCCCAACUGGCUUAACUUCAAAAGAGUCGUCCUUGACCAGGCAGGUAGUUCCCCUGUUGCCUGUAGUGGGGAGGUGAAAGGAGAGCGCGGGGAAUCAGAGACACUCACCUGUCUUGUGAGAGGUCCCGUUUUUCUCCGAGGAUCACGGGUAACCUUCGAAGCUGAAUUCGACAUCGAAACUCCAGACUCAGAGGACAGGAAUGUGAAUUUCACCAUCGUCUCUACCAGCCAAUCACCACACCAUAUCACCAACGAGAGUACCUUCUCCCGACAGAUUGUUCUCCGUUAUGCUGCUGAUGUCAGCGCCGCCCAGCUGAAUUUCACCAGACAUGCCCAUUUCACCCUGGGACAGCAAGAGGUCCAGUUGGUCAAACACGCAUACCAGGUGAAAAACUCAGGGAGGUGGCCCCUCCCUAUCGUGGUGACCUUCUCCAUCCCAGUGGGAACUGGGACCCACCCUAUAUGGAAUGUCACUGCGUCCGAGAGAAGCUCGAAUCCCAUCUCGACCUGCCUGCCUGCCUCACAGAAUCGUGUGUCCGUGCGGUCCUCCUCCCACAAUUUCAUGGAAUCCUAUCUUCUCCCGGACUGUGGGAUUGCACUGUGCCUGGAGAUUCGGUGUCAGGUUAAGAGUCUGAAGGAGGGUUUGGCUAUUAUUUUCGACGUGGAAGGGAAGGUGAUGGGAUCAGUUGUAGCUGAGAUUCACCAGGGGGGCCGCCUGGGGCUGUGGAGCAGGAUCGAGGUGGGAUUUGACAAGACGUGGUUUGCAGACCGAUCGCCAGGAGACGCACACUUCCGACAGGCGGUGGUGGUGACAGACAUCGAAGUGAACCCAAAUGUUUCGCUGGCCCCUCUCAUCGCUGGCGGCACAAUUGGAGGCCUACUCCUGCUCACACUCGUCGUCUUUGCCCUCUUCAAGUUUGGGUUCUUUAGGCACUCCAUGGACUCUGGCGACACUGGACGAGAGAGACUGGGGUCCGGGGAUGAGGCAGAGUCUGCGGCCGAAUGAGCAGGAGAAGUGAGGGGGUGUGGAGAUCAGACGGAAGACCCUCCCUCUGUCCUCUGUGUCACUGCUGUGCUGGAUUGGGGAGAAGGGGCACAGCACAUCAGAACGAGAGGAUUAAUUCGGGGUCACCUGCAUCCUCCCCUCCCCUUCGACCUACCCAUUCUCCCUUACUCCUCUCUCUCUCUGCCUCCUUCGACCUUUUACCUGCCUCACACUGGCCCCAUCCUCUCCUCCCCUUCACCCUCCCUCUCCUCCCCUCCCUCCCACAACCUUCUAGUCUCCUACCCUCACUCCGCCACUACUCUCUCUUAGCUGUUCCUCCUCUGUCUGUGCCCUCCCCCUCUCUCCCACCACUCCUGCCCUUCUUCCACACCCUUUCCCUGGCCCUCCCCCACACACUCCUCCCUCUCCCCCGUCCAGACACUUCCCCACCUUUUCAUAUCCCAUUCUCCCAUACCCCUUUCCCAAACCACGCCCUCUUCUGCCUCUCCCCACUCCCAUCACCGCCUAUUCCACUCUCCUCCUUUACCCCUGCCCCACCCCCCCCCCCAAGAUUUGAAUAAACACACAGGA